AGAGAGAGAGAGAGAGAGAGAGAGUUUAUCUUUCCCUCAAGUCAUAUCUGAGAAGUCUCUAAGCUGAAUAGUAGGAGGAAAAGUGCAGAGAGAGGAAGAAAAACGACAAGAGUUAUAGAGAAGGCGUGAGUGUGAGACACGCAGGUGUCUGUGCCAUUGCUAACGCGCACACAGAUGCAAACACACGCACACACUCUGUGUUGUGCCUGCGCUCGUGGUGGAUAGCUAAGUGCGUGCGCGCGCGCGUGCGUGUGUGUGUGUGUGUCUGCCUGGUCUUUUGUGUAAACUGAAUUGUUCUUCGUCCAGUCUGACCCCUUGUAACUCCCUAGAGAGAGUGUGUGUGUGAGGGAGAGAGAGAGAGCGAGCGCCUAUGCGCGUCAGGGUCCUGGAACGUGUGGGUCGUGUGUAAGGUAUUCUUACAAGUCCAGGGGCAUCCGAGGAAAAGGAGAGGAAGGCAGCGUGCGCCCCCGCAUAGCCGCGCAACACUGGACAUGCACAUCAGCCCCUCUGCGGGAGAUCUGGGUCUGACAUAGCCUCGGCCGAUCGCAGCCUGCAUCAGCGGCGGCGCACGUAGGACAGGAUGGCGGCCAUGCCGUUCGUCAGUGAGGGAAAGUGUGUUAGUGUGGAGUGGGAUUUCCUGCAAGGACUCCUCGCCAAGCCGCCCACCCUACCCUGUUUACAAAACCUGCGGAAAGAGAAGUCCCGCAAUGCAGCUCGCUCUCGUCGUGGUAAAGAAAACUUUGAGUUUUUUGAGCUGGCCAAAAUGCUGCCACUUCCCGGUGCCAUCACCAGCCAGCUGGACAAGGCUUCGGUUAUCCGACUGACCAUCAGCUACCUGCACAUGAGGCAUUUUGCCAGUCAGGGAGACCCGCCCUGGAGCCCCCUGCUGGAGGGGGACAAUAACUGCAACAAGGUGCGAAGAAACAGUCACUCACUGGCCACUGAUAUAUUUGAGCAGCACCUGGGAGCACAUCUAUUACAGUCUCUGGAUGGGUUUGUGUUCGUGGUCAGUCAAGAAGGACGUUUCCUCUACAUUUCUGAGACCGUGUCAAUUUACUUGGGUCUCUCACAGGUGGAAUUAACAGGCAGCAGUGUUUUCGACUACAUCCAUCCUGCAGACCAUGUGGAGAUGGCAGAGCGGUUGGGAAUUAAGCCACACCUCCGCACAGAGGCAGGCUGUCAGACUACCCAGGAAAGUGCUUCAAGUUCCGCCUCCACAUCCUCAUUGGCUGGCACACCUGAACCAGCCCCCUCCAGUCCUCUGUCAUCCGGAGAUGAACCAGCAGAGCGAGGUUUCUUUGUCCGGAUGAAAUCCACUCUUACUAAGCGCGGCCUACAUGUCAAAUCCUCUGGUUAUAAGGUGAUCCAUGUUACUGGACGGAUUCGCUGUCGGCCAGCACUGGUUCCAGGCUCUUCACGCUCACUCCAUCGGCCAUUGGGAUUGGUGGCUCUUGCACACACCCUCCCACCGUCCACUCUUAAUGAGGUGCGCAUGGAGAGUCAGAUGUUUGUUUUUCGGGUCAACAUGGACCUCCAGAUCACCUACUGUGAGAACAGGAUCUCAGAAUAUAUGGACUUGAGCCCAGCUGAGGUGGUGGGACACACCUGCUACCACUUCAUCUAUGUAGAAGACGUAGAUAUCAUCCGACAAAGCCAUGAAGACCUGCUGAGGAAGGGUCAGGUUGUGACUGGUUACUACCGCUGGCUGCAGAGGAGAGGCGGGUAUUUGUGGGUUCAGUCAUGUGGCACUGUGUCCAUCAACCACAAAGCACCCCAUGAACGCAACGUCAUCUGGGUCAACUACAUACUCAGUCGGACAGAGAUGCCCGACACGCCACUGGAUUUAAUACAACUUCCAGAAAGCCUGAAAGCCGAGCGUCUUCGGGCAAGCUCUUCCACUCGAGAGAUCUCUCCAAAGGCACAUGGCCCGAAUGGUGCCCACACGACCAAGGGGGGAGCUGGACGAAAUGAGUCUGAGCGCAAAGGGAGAGACUCUUAUACUCACACUACUUCUAACCAGUCAGAAAACAGGAGGAAGAGGCCUCACCACUCCAGCCCUGAAAAUACACCUCCACAAACUAGAAGACAACUCGAGGUGUUCCGCCAUAGAGAGGAUAGCCUGUCAGGCUCCUCAGACUCAGCCAGUGACAGUGAAGCUGAAGAAGAGGAAGAGGAGGACAAGGAAGAGGAGUGGGAGCACAACGGCAACAGCAAGAGAGUAAAGACUGAAGUGGUAGCUUCUAAGAAGAACAGCGAGAUGGGGAAAGUCCGUAACGGUCGUGCUGUAAUCCAGCAGCUGAAGAGCGUCGUGACCAGCACUGCCAACUCUAGCAUUAAAUCUGAGCAGGAACUGUUGAAUGUUGGAAUUUGCUCAGCCACUGGAGGGCGUUGGAGCAACACUCAGUCCACUAGGGGUAUAAAUGGCAGCAGCCCCCCAUCCCAAGAUUCCGAGUCAGUCACCACAGAAUCUCCAGCUAAGGGUCUCUUCAGCCCUCCAUCACCCAUCUCAGCUUCACCCCUGCCUAGGGAAGAUCGUUCCCUCCACGGAGGCCGUACACCCGAUUACGAGCUUCUUCAGAGACUAGCUGCAGGUGGAGCAGCCGGGCGUGUACUGUUCCACCCUCUUGCUCUCGGGCCUCCAGGGCCUCAGAGCCUUUACGCUCCGAGCACCAUCCGCUACGCCCCUCCAGAGCUGCCCACCAGCCAUGCUGAUGGACCACGCCUGGACAUCGCACCCAAAUCACCUACUUUCUUUCCACACCUGCAGAGAAUCGCCGCUCUACCACCCUUCAGCGGCUUCUCUCCUUCAGAGAAUCCAUUCGCUCCAUCUCUUCCCUUCUGCAUGAACGGACUGAGAGGAGCAGCAGGGACAGAUGAAGACUGAGAAAAACAGACUGUAAAUAAGAGAGAGAAGAAAGAGAUAGGUAGCACAACACUGAAAAAAAUACUAAAGGAAAUGAUAGGGAAGGGGUGCAGGCUUGUCAUACAGUCUUCCCAGCAUCCUUUCCAGGUAGCUCAUGCGUUUGCACAGGUCUUCCUCUCUCUGGAUAUGCAGGAAAAGCCAUACUGUACAAAUGGAGCUCAUCAUACAGACACGUUCAUAUAAGGGAAUAUUUACAUGAAUUAAAAGAAAUGGACUGUGGAGUUAAACAGAAUAUCAGGACAAUUGCCAAACAAGAAAAAAAUCCUAGGCUUAAAUACGAAAGCACAGUCCCUUCAUGGACUAAUCACAACUAAGCCUCUUUUACAGAUUUAAACGCUAGUGUUUUUUUUCUACAAAACAUGCAGUAUUAGUCACUUAUUCUCAUGAGCAUACAGGAAAUAAAUAACCCCAGACAGUGUAACCAUGUUUAAAAUAUUUGAUAUUUAAAGACUGCAUACAUGCAAGGCUCCAAAGCCCUAUACACAUAUUGUGAACAAAUUUACUGUCAUGAACUUUAACUAACCUCUUAUAGGGAUUUAGGGUCAUUUGGGUGGGAGGGUAAAAACACUGUCUUUCAUGAUCAUCUAUCAUGUCCAAGCACUUACGUUCAAGCGUCUGGCUUUGAAUAUAUAGCACUUCAUUAAUGACCACACUUUCCAUUUUUCUGUAGUGUAUGAAAAAAAAAAACAGUUGAUAUGACUGUGGUCAAUAAAAAAAUACUUUUUAUAAUAAAAUAAAAAAGAAAUAAAGAAUACAGAUGUGAUCACUGAACAGGGAACGUACCCAAGUGGUCAAAACAUUAAGAUAAAGGCAUACUACACUGCUAAACUGAUAUUCUGUGUUCAGAUUCUUUGUUAGCAAAAGGGGUUACAUGAAAAAUCCUACCAUUUUUAUGUCUGUGCCAAAAGAAUCAUUUUUAAAUGUAAAUGGCCAUAAGUUUUCACUCUAAAUGAUAAGCCUUUUGUGUUUUACUUAUUAGUGCACAUAUGUUGUGAGGGAGUGAGUGAAUGAGUCAGUGAAUCACUGAUUGAAAAAGUGAGUGAGUGAUUCAGUGAAUCAAUGAGCGAUUGAAUGACUGAGAAGGUAAGUGAAUCAGUGAGUCAAUGAGUGAUUGAAUGACUGAGUGAGUCUCUGUGUGUGUGUGUGUGUGUGUGUGUUUGUGCGCAUGUGCGCAUUAUUGGAAAGACACACGUUUGUUCUGUUUCAUGAGGUUGUGGUCUCUUUAACUUUUUCCAUCACUGUGAAUCUAACCUUUUUAUGUUGAAAUGUUUGUGAAAACACAAUGGUAUCAACAAUAAAUGAAAAUAAAAAUCUGUAAAGAUUAUUGUAAUGAUAAUACAGAUGACAGAUAAUAAACUCUAUUCCUUUA